AUGGAAAGCGCAUUAAUGAAUUUCAACCACAUAGAAGGUGGCUACACCUUUACCGAUGUUAUAAACGUAAUAGAAUUAAUAAUGGAUAUUAUUUUGCGGAAAUGUGCUUUGAAUGAAUAUCUUGAAAAUCCGAAUGGGCUACUUCGAUGUGACCCUUUAAUAUUCCGCAACGCCCCUAUUAAGGCUAGGUUUUGUCCUUUCUGUUUAGGAAACAAAAAGCUGCUUCCAUCGAAGAGAAUGAUCCAAUUCGUGGUUAGUUCUUUAGAAUGGUACUCUCACAUCGAAGAUCACUUAAAUGAGCUUAAAGAAAACUUCCAUUGUGAGCAUCUAGCUUGUUUACUGAAGUUCGAUAGUUUAGAGGCCUUGACGUGUUACCUUACGGACACCCACUGCAGGCGGCCUCGACGUGAAUCUCUUAAAAAGAGGAAGUUUGAGCUUGAUGACACUACUUGA